UCUCGAUGGCUGUUGCUCCCCCGAAUUUCUUAAAUCUGAAGGUAUUGGUCAGUGGACCAAUUGGUUCCGGCAAGACGACGUUUGUUAAUUCUUUUAAUCCGCAAGUUGUUGAUAAUGAAGACGCUGUAAGAAUAGAGCUUCAAAGCUCAGAGGGUUUAAUUUCAUUUACUUGCACUGAAGUUAGACAGCUCUCUGUGAUGCUCGCUAACGGACGAAUCCCUGAUUCAGUUAUUUUGUUGGUCGACGGUUCUCAAAAGAAAAAUAUCAAAGGAUUGUGCCGUGAAGCAUUGUUAACAUGGGUGGUGACCAGGACAGGUGUGUUGUUGUCCUCUACAAUAAAAGAGACAAGAUAGGAACCAAGAUUCCUGAUCGAGAGAAGCUCGAUGUACCUUGUUUCGAGGUUUCUGCGAUUUUCGAUGAAGAUCUUCACAAGCCUUUUUGGACAAUCGCAAUGAAGGCUACAGGGUAACUUCUUAUCCCUUUUUGUUAGUUCAGUACUUUUGUUUUCCAAGUAUUUGUUGAUACAGAUACUUUUUCUCAACUAUUUAAUUAUUGUUGAUUAUGUAGGUUGCCUAUUUAAGUAUUUGCUGAGAUUUUAACUAUUCGUUUUAUAACUUUGAUUAUAUAGAUUACCCAUAGAGUUCAUUAUCUAGCUGCAGCUGCAAACCAAAGCCAAUGUUAAGUACUUGCUAAACUGUUUUGCUAAACUCUAUUGUAUAUGGUUUGAUUAUUGUUGAUUACGUAGGUUGCCUA